GAAUAGUUUAACAAAGACAGAGCAGAGCUAUUGAGUAAUCCGGGCUCAUUAAUUGUGUACUUGCCAGGAGGAUCUGACUUUAAAUCAUUAAUGCAGGCAACAUUUCUCUCUAGAGCCGUCAAUGUGAUUCUACUGUCUGAAAAAUGUAAUAAUGAUGGAUUUUCUUUUAAUUUUUCUUUUCCUUUUUAUUGGAACUUCAGAGACACAGGUUGAUGUUUCCAAUGCUAUUUAUGGAACUAGAGAUGACAUAACUCUCCCUUCAAUUUCUGCUACAACUUACAGCUCACCUGUUAGUAGAACAGUGACAACAAAUGUAACAAAGCCAGGGCCUCCAGUCUUCCUAGCAGGGGAGCGAGUUGGAUCUGCUGGCAUUCUUCUGUCUUGGAAUACACCACCAAACCCAAAUGGGAGGAUUAUAUCGUAUGUGGUUAGAUACAAGGAAGUGUGCCCAUGGCUGCAAGCAGCGUACACACAAGUGAGAGCAAAGCCAGACAGUCUGGAAGUUCUUCUCACUAACCUUAAUCCUGGAACAACAUAUGAAAUUAAGGUUGCUGCGGAAAACAGUGCUGGCAUUGGAGUAUUUAGUGACCCAUUUCUUUUCCAAACUGCAGAAAGUGCUCCAGGAAAAGUUGUCAAUCUCACAGUUGAAGCCUUCAACUAUUCAGCGGUAAACCUGAUUUGGUAUUUACCUCGGCAACCAAAUGGCAAAAUCACCAGCUUCAAGAUAAGCGUCAAACACGCCAGAAGUGGGGCAGUGGUGAAGGACGUCUCCAUCAGAGUAGAAGACAUUUUGAGGGGGAAAUUGCCAGAAUGCAACGAGAACAGUGAAUCUUUUCUGUGGAGCACCACCAGCCCAUCUCCCACACUUGUGAGAGUUACGCCUCCACUGAGGACUACACAUUCCUCCAGUACAUUGGCACAGAGCAAGAUCAGCUCUGUGUGGAAGGAGCCUAUCAGCUUUGUAGUGACACACUUGAGACCAUACACAACAUAUCUUUUUGAAGUUUCAGCUGUUACGACCGAAGCAGGGUAUAUUGACAGCACCAUUGUUAGAACACCAGAAUCAGUGCCUGAAGGACCACCACAAAACUUUAUAACAGGCAAUGUCACAGAGAAGUCCUUUUCAAUUUCAUGGGCCCCUCCAACUGUUGUAACAGGGAAGUUUAGUUAUAGAGUUGAAUUAUAUGGACCAUCUGGGCGUAUUUUGGAUAAUAGCACAAAAGACCUUAAGUUUGUAUUUUCUCAUCUAACACCAUUUACAAUGUAUGAUGUCUAUGUUGCCGCUGAAACCAGCGCAGGAGUUGGACCCAAGUCAAAUCUUUCAAUAUUCACCCCUCAAGAUGUUCCAGGUGCAGUAUUUGAUUUACAGAUUGCAGAGGUGGAAGCAACAGAAAUACAAAUUACUUGGAAGAAACCACGACAGCCAAAUGGCAUCAUUAACCAAUACCGCGUGAAAGUGUCUGUCUCGGAGACAGGGGUCACUUUGGAAAAUACUCUCCUCACAGGACAAGAUGAGCACAUAAACAACCCAAUGUCUCCAGAAAUGAUGAACCUAGUGGACCCAAUGAUAGGAUUUUAUGAGGGCUCAGCAGAGAUGUCUUCAGACCUGCACUCUUUGGCUUCAUUUGUAUAUAACAGUCAUCCAUAUGAUAACUUUCCUGGCCAGAUUAGAGCUGAAGACCAGAGUUCACCAGUUGUAACCACAAGGAAUCAGCAUAUUACUGACAUUGCUGCUGAACAGCUGUCUUACGUUAUCAGGCGACUUGUACCUUUCACAGAGCACAUGAUUAGUGUAUCUGCUUUCACCAUUAUGGGAGAAGGACCACCAACGGUUCUCAAUGUUAGGACACAUGAGCAAGUGCCAAGCUCCAUUCAAAUUAUAAACUAUAAAAAUAUUAGUUCUUCAUCUAUUUUAUUAUAUUGGGAUCCUCCAGAAUAUCCCAAUGGGAAAAUCACUCAUUAUACGAUCUAUGCAAUGGAAAUGGAUACUCACAGAGCUUUCCAGAUGACUACUGUAAAUAACAGCUUUCUCAUCACAGGGUUAAAGAAGUACACAAGAUACAAAAUGAGAGUUGCUGCCUCAACUCAUGUUGGAGAAAGUUCUUUGUCUGAAGAAAAUGACAUCUUUGUGAGAACUCCAGAAGAUGAGCCAGAGUCAUCACCCCAAGAUGUGAAAGUAAUUGAUGUUUCUGCAAGUGAAAUAAGGUUGAAGUGGUCUCCACCCGAGAAGCCCAACGGGAUUAUUAUUGCUUAUGAAGUGCUGUAUCAAAACAUAGACACUUUGUUUAUGAAAAACACUUCAACAACAGACAUCAUUUUAAGUCACCUAAAACCUUACACCCACUAUAACAUUUCUGUACGAUCAUAUACCAGACUUGGUCAUGGAAAUCAAUCAUCCUCAUUACUCUCUGUAAGGACUUCGGAGACUGUGCCUGAUAGUGCACCACAAAAUAUCACUUACAGAAAUAUUUCUUCAGGAGAGAUUGAGAUAUCAUUUCUUCCUCCAAGUAGUCCCAAUGGGGUUAUACAAAAAUAUACAAUUUAUCUCAAGAGAAGUAAUGAAAAUGAGCGAAGAACUAUAAAUACAACCUCUUUGACUCAGAACAUUAAAGGACUGAAGAAAUAUACCCAAUAUAUGGUUGAGGUGUCUGCUAGUACACUUAAAGGUGAAGGAGUUCGGAGUCAGCCAAUAAGCAUAUUGACUGAAGAAGAUGCUCCUGAUUCUGCCCCUCAGGACUUUUCUGUAAAACAGUUGUCUGGUGUUACCGUGAAGUUGUCAUGGAAACCACCUUUGGAGCCAAAUGGAAUUAUCCUCUAUUACACAGUUUAUGUCUGGGAUAAAUCAUCAUUAAAAGCUGUUAAUGCAACUGAAGCAUCAUUAGAACUUUCAGACUUGGACUAUAAUAUUGAAUAUAGUGCCUAUGUAACAGCCAGCACCAGAUUUGGUGACGGGAAGAUGAGAAGCAGGAUCGUUAACUUCCGAACACCAGAGGGAGCACCCAGUGAUCCUCCCAAAGAUGUCCAUUAUGUCAAUCUCAGCUCUUCAUCGAUAAUUCUCUUUUGGACACCUCCUUUAAAACCUAAUGGGCUCAUACAAUAUUAUUCUGUUUAUUACAGAAAUACUUCAGGUACCUUUAUGCAGAAUUUUACACUCCUUGAAGUAACUCAUGAGUUUGACAAUAUGACCAUAUCUGCAAUAAUAGAUAAACUGGCAGUAUUCACCUACUAUACAUUUUGGCUAACAGCAAGUACUUCGGUUGGAAAUGGGAAUCAAAGCAGCAACAUAGUUCACGUAUACACAGACCAAGACAUACCUGAAGGGCUUGUUGGAAACCUGACUUAUGAGUCCAUUUCGUCAACCGAAAUAAACGUGACCUGGGCUCCACCAUCACAACCAAAUGGUCUGGUCUUCUACUAUGUUUCACUGAAUUCACAGCAAAAUCCUCCUCACCACGUGAAACCACCUGUAGUUACACACACAAACAACAUAUAUUUUGAUAAUCUGGAAAAAUAUACUGAUUAUAUAUUUCAAAUCACUCCAGCAACAGAAAAGGGAUUCUCUGAGAUUUAUACUGCUCAGCUGUACAUCAAAACUGAAGAAGAUGCCCCAGAAACAUCACCAAUAAUCAACACUUUUAAAAAUCUUUCCUCUACCUCAAUUCUUUUAUCAUGGAGUCCCCCAUUAAAGCCAAAUGGUGCAAUAAUAAGUUAUGAUUUAACUUUGCAAGGACCACAUGAAAAUUAUUCUUUCGCUACUUCUGAUAACUAUAUAGUAUUGGAAGAGCUUUCGCCAUUUACAUUAUACAGUUUUUUUGCUGCUGCAAGAACUAUCAAAGGACCGGGUCCAUCUAGUGUUCUUUUCUUUUACACAGAUGAGUCAGUGCCAUUAACACCUCCUCAAAAUUUGACUUUAAUUAACUACACUUCAGAUUUUGUGUGGCUGAAAUGGAGCCCAAGUCCUCUUCCAGGCGGUAUUGUUAAAGUAUAUAGUUUUAAAAUUCAUGACCAUGAAACUAAUACUGUGUUGUAUAAGAAUAUUUCAGGUUUUCAGACUGAAGCCAAACUUGUUGGACUGGAACCCAUCAGCACCUACUCUAUUAGUCUGUCCGCAUUUACCAAAGUUGGAAAUGGCAAUCAAUUCAGUAAUAUAGUGACAUUUACAACCCGAGAGGCAGUUCCAGAUGUUGUACAGAAUAUACAGUGCUCGGCAAGUAACUGGCAGUCAAUAUUAGUGAUGUGGGAUCCACCCAAAAAAGCAAAUGGAAUAAUUACACAUUAUAUGAUAACAGUUGAUAGGAAUUCUACGAAAGUCCCUCCCCAGGAUCACAUGUAUACAUUCACAAAACUUCUUGCAAACACAUCAUAUAUCUUUGAAGUACGAGCCUCAACGUCAGCUGGUGAAGGCAAUGAAAGCACGUGCAGUGUCAACACACUACCGGAAACAGUUCCUAGUGUUCCUACCAAUAUUGCUUUUUCCAGUGUUCAGUCAACUAGUGCAACACUGACAUGGAUAAGACCAUAUACUAUCCUUGGAUACUUCCAAAAUUACAAGAUAACCACUCAACUUCGUGCUCAGAGAUGCAGAGAAUGGGAAUCUGAAGAAUGUGUUGAGUAUCAAAGAGUUCAGUACCUCUAUGAAGCAAACCUAACAGAAGAGACAGUGUACGGACUGAAGAAGUUUAGGUGGUACAGAUUCCAAGUGGCUGCCAGCACCAAUGCUGGCUAUGGCAAUGCUUCCGAGUGGAUUUCUACACAAACCCUUCCUGGCCCUCCAGAUGGUCCUCCCGAAAAUGUUCAUGUGGUGGCAACCUCUCCUUUUAGUAUCAGCAUUAGCUGGAGUGAACCUGCUGUUAUAACUGGACCAACAUUCUACUUGAUUGAUGUCAAAUCGGUAGAUGAUGAUGACUUUAAUAUUUCCUUCAUGAAAUCAAAUGAAGAAAAUAAAACUAUAGAAAUUAAUGACUUAAAGAUAUUUACAAGGUAUUCUGUGGUAAUCACUGCGUUUACUGGAAACAUCAGUGUUGCCUACACAGAAGGGAAGUCAAGUGCCAAAGUGAUAGUUACCACAUUAGAAUCAGCUCCCAAAGACCCACCUAACAAUAUGACAUUUCAGAAGAUACCAGAUGAAGUAACAAAAUUUCAGCUGACAUUCCUUCCGCCUUCUCAGCCUAAUGGAAAUAUCCAAGUGUACCAAGCAUUAGUUUACCGAGAAGAUGAUCCCACUGCUGUCCAGAUUCAUAACCUCAGCAUCAUCCAGAAGACAGACAUGGCGGUCAUUGCAAUGCUAGAAGGGCUGAAAGGUGGACAUACUUACAACAUCAGUGUUUAUGCAAUCAAUAGCGCAGGUGCAGGGCCAAAUGUACAGAUGAAAAUAACCAUGGACAUUAAAGCUCCAGCUCGACCCAAAACCAAGCCAAUCCCUAUUUAUGAUGCCACAGGAAAACUGCUUGUGACUUCAACAACAAUUACAAUCAGAAUGCCGAUAUGCUACUACAACGAUGAUCAUGGACCAAUAAAAAAUGUUCAAGUGCUUGUGGCAGAAACAGGAGUUCAGCAAGAUGGAAAUGUGACAAAAUGGUAUGAUGCAUAUUUUAACAAAGCAAGGCCGUAUUUUACAAAUGAAGGUUUCCCAAAUCCUCCAUGUGUAGAGGGAAAGACCAAGUUCAGUGGUAAUGAAGAAAUCUACAUAAUAGGUGCUGAUAAUGCCUGUAUGAUUCCUGGAAAUGAAGAGAAAAUUUGCAAUGGACCUCUGAAACCUAAAAAGCAAUAUAUGUUUAAAUUUAGAGCAACAAAUGUCAUGGGACAAUUUACUGACUCUGAUUACUCUGACCCUAUUAGAACUUUAGGUGAAGGGCUUUCAGAGAGAACAGUAGAGAUCAUCCUUUCAGUCACUUUGUGUAUCCUUUCAAUAAUCCUUCUUGGAACAGCUAUUUUUGCAUUUGCAAGAAUUAGACAGAAGCAGAAAGAAGGUGGCACAUACUCCCCCCGAGAUGCAGAAAUCAUCGACACUAAAUUCAAGCUGGAUCAGCUAAUCACAGUGGCAGACCUAGAACUGAAGGACGAGAAAUUAACGCGGUUACUUAGUUAUAGAAAAUCUAUCAAGCCAAUAAGCAAGAAAUCUUUCCUGCAACACGUUGAAGAGCUUUGUACAAACAACAACCUAAAGUUUCAAGAGGAAUUUUCGGAAUUACCAAAAUUUCUUCAGGAUCUUUCUUCAACUGAUGCUGAUCUCCCUUGGAACAGAGCAAAAAAUCGCUUUCCAAACAUAAAACCAUAUAACAAUAACAGGGUGAAGCUGAUGGCAGAUGCAAGCAUCCCAGGAUCAGAUUACAUUAAUGCCAGCUAUGUUUCUGGGUACUUAUGUCCAAAUGAGUUUAUUGCUACACAAGGCCCAUUACCAGGAACAGUUGGAGAUUUUUGGAGAAUGGUGUGGGAAACCAGAGCGAAAACAUUAGUAAUGCUCACACAGUGUUUUGAAAAAGGAAGGAUCAGAUGCCAUCAGUAUUGGCCAGAGGACAACAAGCCAGUGACAGUUUUUGGAGACAUAGUGAUUACAAAGCUUAUGGAGGACAUUCAAAUAGAUUGGACCAUCAGAGAUCUGAAAAUUGAAAGGCAUGGAGAUUGCAUGAUUGUCCGACAGUGUAACUUUACUGGUUGGCCUGAGCAUGGAGUUCCUGAGAACACUGCUCCUCUAAUUCAUUUUGUGAAGUUGGUACGAGCAAACAGAGCACAUGACACCACACCUAUGGUUGUUCAUUGCAGUGCUGGGGUUGGAAGAACUGGAGUUUUCAUUGCUCUAGACCACCUAACACAACAUAUAGAUGACCAUGAUUUUGUGGACAUAUAUGGACUGGUAGCUGAACUGAGGAGUGAGCGGAUGUGCAUGGUGCAGAAUCUGGCACAAUAUAUCUUCUUACAUCAGUGCAUUCUGGAUCUCUUAUCAAAUAAAGGAAGUCACCAGCCCAUCUGCUUUGUUAACUAUUCCACGCUUCAGAAGAUGGACUCUUUGGAUGCCAUGGAAGGUGAUGUUGAACUGGAAUGGGAAGAAACCACCAUGUAAAUAUUUAGACCAACAGUAAUGACUGGAAGAUAAAAUUUUUGGAUCCCGGGAACCAAAUUGUCUCUUCUUGCUUCUGAAUUGAAGUGGGCAAAGGAAAUCUUCAUGCUGUGCCUCACUAACUGGAUUGUCUAUUUAAUAGACAGUUGUAGGAAACGAUUAAUUUAAGAUAGUUGUUUGUUUUGUAUAG